CUGUAUGAUGCUCAGAGGAAGGUGUGGGCGACAAAGGGUGAAGAACAAGAGGCAGGCAAGAAGGACUUCAUUGAGAUACUAAAGACUCUUGAAUCUGAGCUUGGAGACAAGCCUUACUUUGGUGGCGAUGAUUUUGGCUAUGUAGACAUUGCAUUGAUUGGAUUCUACACCUGGUUUCCAGCAUACGAGAAGUUUGCUAACUUCAGCAUCGAAUCAGAGGUUCCGAAACUGAUCGCUUGGGUUAAGAAGUGUUUGCAGAGGGAGAGCGUGGCUAAGUCCUUGCCUGAUCCUGAGAAGGUUACUGAAUUCGUCUCUGAGCUCAGGAAGAAGUUUGUACCUGAAGCAUCUGUGACUGUGAGGUGGUUUGAGUGUAGAGAAUGCUCGAUUUGGGCCGAUUUCGUGGACAAGAAGUUCACCGACGCCCAAUUCAAGAUAUGGGGGAAGAAAGGUGAGGAACAAGAAGCAGGCAAGAAGGAAUUUAUAGAGGCAGUGAAGAUUCUUGAAACUGAGCUAGGAGAUAAACCUUACUUUGGUGGAGAUAGCUUUGGAGAGUCCGAACUGAUCGCUUGGGCAAAGAGGUGCAUGGAGAAAGAGAGUGUGUCUAAGUCUCUCCCUGACUCUGAGAAGAUUGUUGCAUAUGCUGCUGAAAAGACUUGGGCAACCAAAGGUGAGGAGCUUGAAGCAGCCACAAAGGAGUAUAUUGAAAUACUCAAGACACUUCAAUCAUACCAGAAGUUUGGUAACUUCAGCAUCGAACCAGAGUGCUCAAAACUGAUGGCUUGGGGCAAAAGGUGUAUGCAAAGAGAGAGUGUGGCUAAGGCUUUGCCUGAUUCUGAGAAAGUUGUUGGAUACUUAUACGAGCCAGCGGAUAAGAUAUGGCAAACGAAAGGCGAGGAACAAGAGACAGCGAAGAAAGAGUAUAUUGAAGCACUUAAGAUUCUUGAAUCUGAGCUUGGAGACAAACCUUACUUUGGUGGAGAUACCUUUGGGUUCGUAGACAUUGCCAUGACUGGAUAUUACAGCUGGUUCGAAGCAUCAGAGAAAUUAGCUAACUUCAGCAUCGAACCAGAGUGUCCUACACUGAUGGCUUCGGCUAAGCGGUGUUUGCGGAGAGAAAGCGUGGUUAAGUCCCUUCAUGAUUCUGAGAAGAUCCUUGCCUGUGAUCAGACAUACGUACCAUGCAAGGCUUUAUGGUCAGAAACAGGGGAGAAACAAGAGGCAGCGAAGAUGGAGUUCAUUGAAGUACUCAAGACACUUGAUUCAGAGCUUGGAGACAAUCCUUUCUUUGGAGGAAACGAAUUUGGACUUGUGGACAUUGCCUUUAUCGGAUUCUAUAGUUGGUUCCGUACUUACGAGGAGGUAGCAAAUCUUACCAUCGUAGCAAAGUUUCCUAAGCUAAUCUCGUGGGCACAGAGGUGCUUGAAGAGAGAGAGUGUGGCUAAGGCCUUGCCUGACUCUGAUAAGGUUCUUAAGUCUGUCUCUGAUCAUCGGAAGAUAGUUUUAGGAAUCGAUUAGUUUCAUGUAUAGAAGAAUUUCCUCUGUUUUGAUUUCCUCUGUUUUUCAUGUUUUUAUUUUCUGGUUACAAAAUGUGGUGUGUAUUUCAGGUUUUUCAAUAAGUUGGGUAUAGACCGAUGUAUGUUUGUGGUGGGAUUUGAGUGACGCAUAAGUUAGAUUAUGUUGUGGGUGAUACUAAAUUAUCAUUUGUAUUAGUGUAUAAAACGGGUGGUUUUGUAAUAAUGACGUAACGUUCAU